UUUUUUGUGUUCUUCAUUCUUCUUUCCAAAUUAUCACUUCCAUCUUUUUAAAAAAAGUAUGGCCUACAACUAUCAGCAGCAACAGCCCUAUGGCCAACAGCAGGGAUAUAAUCAGUACGGUCAGCAGGGUUACCAGCAGCCCCCAGCUCCUCCUGCGACUCCUGAGGCCAGCUUGAGAUACUGGUUUGAUGCCGUUGAUUCUGAUCGCUCUGGUCAAUUGAGUACUGAAGAGUUGCAGCGAGCUCUUAUUAACGGUGACUGGAGCCCAUUCAACAUCGAGACAGUCCGUUUGAUGAUGAAUAUGUUUGAUACUGACAACUCGGGUCUUAUCACCUUCCCUGAGUUUGCAGGUCUCUGGAAAUACAUUGAGGACUGGCGCACAUGCUUCCGUGCCUUUGACCGGGAUGGCAGCGGCUUCAUUGAUUUCAACGAGCUCAAGACAGCUAUGCAUUCGUUUGGCUACAAUCUAUCCGACCACUUUUUACAAUUGAUCAUCAAGAAAUAUGAUAAGAGAGGUCGCGGCGAUGUGUCCUUCGAUAACUUUGUCCAGAUUGCGGUCACUGUCAAGAGUCUUACGGAUGCUUUCAAGAGAAUUGAUCGGGAGGGUAAAGGAUACGCCACUAUUGGGUACGAGCAGUUCUUGGAGCUCGUCGUCAACAACCGUUAAACGUGUUAAUCCCGUCAUUGUCUCUUUGGACUUCAAACUUUUUUUUUCCUUUUUUGUGAGCUACUCC